AUGCCUUUGCGGCUGUUACCACUCACAAGUGUGUUCCAGUUUGAGAAACUCUGCCAAGCAGCCAGCAAGUAUGAGCGGCAUGUUCACUAUCAAGAUGUUCACUACCUUACCGUUGAUUGUGAUGGAAAAGAAGAACUACUAGAGUUCACCGAUCCUGGUCUGGCUCGCACUGGUGGACGAGAAAUGGCUAUCAGGCGAGCUGAUCUCGCUCUACUCUUCUACUCGGCCCUCUCACUCAGUUCACUUCAUAAUUUGCAAUCAUUGAAAGAAGACUUGGAGAUGAAAUCAAAUCUUCCAUUGCGGCUUUUGUGCGAUUCUGAUGAGAUUGUUGAAGACGAAGAAGAUGGCGGCUCAACAGGAAUCAGCUCUGUCUCGGAAGGUUAUGAAUCUGACCCUGAAAGAGAGGGUCGAAUGCGUCGGAGGAAUUCCAUGGAAAAAAUCCGAAAAGCACAUGAGGAUGGCGGAAUGGCGGUUGAACAGGGACAACAAUGGGCCAGCGAACUCGGUCCCGAUUGUGAAUUCAUGAUGCUUUCAUCAUCUCAGUUUGCUGACGCAAAGACGUUUCUCGAAGGGAUUGUCAACACCAUUCGAACACAUCGAAGAACUCGAGCCCGAACACUCAUCAAGCGACUGAAGUAG